AUGUCGUCGGUUAAUGAGAAUUUGGCGGCUAGUGGCGGUGGUCGUGUUAGAGGGCCAGAGGACUUGACAGCUAUAUUCUGGGCCCCGGGGUUUACGACGAUGAAUUUCGAGACGGUGCUGAUACGGCCGGGCUCAACGAUGUCGGAGAAGUCGAGAAGGGGACCGAAGUUUGCGAUGAAACUUUUCCGAAAAGUUGACGGUUUCCGCCACAACGACGAACAAUACCUAUGCUGUUUCCAUGAAUUACAUUGCAAGAGCGGCUGCUUCGUCGUCAACGUCCUCAACAGUUUCCUAUUCUGCAUCCUCGCCGUCCAAACCAUCUUCUCCAGCGAGAAACAGCACCUAGACUUCUAUGCCUUGUUAAUACAGGGUACCGUAAUCGCCUGCACUUUCUAUGCCCUCCCACGUGAUAAGCCACUACUUCUAAUACCUGCUAUUAUUUUUUGGAUUGUGAUCAGCAUUCUGUUUUCAAUAUUAAUCGCGCUUUCGCUGGCCUAUGGACUCCAUCCCACCAGUUUUCCGGAACAGGCCAAAUUGCAUGCAACGGAAAAACUUGGGAUGGUACGAGGUGUGGCUUUCGUUGGAAUGUUCAUGCUCACUGUCCUCGCUGCGGUUUGCGUAUGGUUUAUCAUAAUCCACAUCAGGACUUAUAAAUAUGUGAAGAAAAUUAGAGAG